AUUCCCACUCAAUACUGCCACAGCCCUUGACAUCGCCACAUCCCGUACCGUGAUAGAUCCGAACUGCGAACAUUGAUUUGAGCUGGGGUUGGAUACUAUUGAGAAUCAAACUUCUACCCCACAUUCUUGCACCACCAUCCCAUCUUCUUCCCUUCCUUUCCUCUCAGCACUACACCAAUUUUGCCUACAUUUCCGACGAAGACGAGGGUGAAAACGACAUGGACCACCAACCGCCAAACUCGCACUCCGAGGGCGAAGAAGAUGAAUCGGAGCUGGAGCAAAAUAUAGGCGAAGGACAAGAAGGUCUUAUCGGUGGGACUGCACAUGAACAACAUGCCCGCCAACUAGCCUACAUACUAUCUGGCAAUUCCCCAAUGCGCAUCGGACAACUAAUAUUCGCUUCUGGUACUGGUAGGAGCUUCCCUGGAUGUCAACAGCGCAGAGUGAGUUUGAGGAGUGGGGAAGAUAUUGAUCCUGUGCCGAACCCAGAGGGCCAGGAGUUGAUGAGGUCUGGGGAAUUCGGGUCGGAUGACUUUACGAAAAGCCGGAGCUGGGAAAGUGGAGGAGACUCGACGGGGGUGAGAAGGAAAUCAAUUCCAAACACAAGCAUUAGCAAACUUCUACUACAAAGGGAGCUUGGAUGCUAUACUAGUGGUCGUGAGAGGAGGCUGAAUCAAUUGGUGGCACAACUAAUGGUGCCAUCCACCGAUGCUGAUUUCAUAGUGCACUAUGACACUCGCUCCUACUCUGGCCAAUUUUCUGAGGAUGGAAACUUUUUCUAUAGUUGUUCUCAAGACUUUCGAGUGCGCAUGUAUGAUACAUCGAACCCUUACCAGUGGAAAUAUUACAAGACUGUAGACUACAUUGGCGGGAGAUGGACGAUUACAGAUGCUACGCUUUCCCCAGAUAACCGCCACCUAGCAUACAGCAGUAUCACAACUCGAGUAUGCUUGGCUAGCACUGCCCCGGAGGACGACGAGAUGCACCCGCUUGAAUUCAGUAAUGGAAGGAACCACAAUCGGAAUGCUAUGGAUCCUCGUUGUGGGAUAUGGUCUAUCAGAUUUUGCGGGGAUGGUCGUGAGCUCGUUGCCGGUGCGAACGAUGGUUGUCUCUAUGUAUACGAUAUUGAGACACGAACACCGGUUCUUAGGCUUGGGGGCCACGAGAAAGACGUUAACGCUGUCUGCUAUGGCGAUAGGGCCUCCCCUCACAUUAUCUAUUCUGGAUCUGAUGAUGCCACGAUCAAGGUUUGGGAUCGAAGAAGUAUGGCGGAUGGGAGGGAAGUGGGAGUCUUUGUCGGGCAUACGGAAGGCUUGACAUAUGUUGACAGCAAAGGAGAUGGGAGAUAUGUACUUUCAAACGGCAAGGAUCAGACGAUGAAGUUGUGGGAUAUAAGAAAAAUGAUGGAUAAAGGGAAAUUCGACUCUAUGGCUCACAGAAAUUACGGUAUCGGUUUUGAUUAUCGUAGGGACCGAUAUACCGAGCCGCCCACCAAGCAUCCUCGCGACUGCAGUCUCGUCACCUACAGAGGACACAGCGUGCUCAAGACACUUGUCCGCUGCCAUUUCUCCCCGCCAACGUCAACCGGAUCCCGAUACGUCUACACUGGCUCUGCCGACGGCAAAGUCAAAAUCUACAACAUUGAUGCAACGGAAGUCGCAACAAUCGAUGUCCACGCUGCGACUAUCGGAUCCCGGCCAAUGGUCCCAGACCUCAUGGAUAACUCAUACCACCAUUGGGGCGGUGGCACAACAGCUUGGAGGACUUGUGUAAGGGAUGUCAGUUGGCAUCCGAGUGCCCCGGCUCUUGCUACCACAAGCUGGAACGGCUUUGGCCUCUCAACUGGCACCGUCACUCUCCAUAGUUGGAACAGCGCCGGCGGGAAGCCAAAAAGCUACAAUGCAAAGCUCCAAGCAGACUUCUUAGAGAACGACAUGGGAGAGUAUAGCGAGGAUGGAGAGUAUGCUGAGACGGAAAGCGGGGAAAGUGAGGGUUACUAG